CAUAAAUUCCCUAACUCGAACCUGGCAAAGGGCUCUCGAAGUUGCUGAGGGCAGCUGCCGCCAAAAAGUACGCAAGUACGUAUGUACGUACCCUAACAUACCUUCAAUUUCCACCUGUCGUUGGCAGCCGUAAAGCUGAGCUCACUAUCAGCAACUCCCACUCCCACCACCAGCGCCAGCAUUGCCGCCAGCACCACCGCUUCCGCCUCGGGUCUGCGUGCGCUUCUCACUUACCGCCAGGAUUAUUGAUAUCCGCCUAGCACAGCAAGCGUUGCUUAGGACUUCCUCUUCCCCGCUGGCGUUCGAAUUCCAGACGUCUCUCGACUCGCACCCGUUCGGCUCCCGCCUGAUAUCGGCCGCGAUUCCUAUAUACGUCUCCGUAGCAGCCUCGACCGCAGCAAACACCCACGCCUGUCCAAUAUGGCUGCGACGAAGCCGUCUGCGAAGGAGGCGCAAUCGCUCGCCAGCACGAACCCGCGAAAAGCGGAAGCUAUCUACAAGGACAUCAUAUCUCAGCCGCCGUCGGUCACGUCAGACGCCGCCAUCAAAGAGUACGAGACGGCCCUCAUCAGCUUAGGGGAGCUGUAUCGGGAUGAGAAGAACCCUAAGGAACUGGUCAACCUAGUGACCACCAGCCGGACAAUACUCUCGAGCUUUGCGAAGGCAAAGACGGCCAAACUGGUCCGCCAACUCCUCGAUCUCUUCGACGCCAUCCCCAACACGACCGAUAUUCAGAUCGCCGUCACCAAGUCAUGUAUAGAAUGGGCUACCUCCGAGAGGCGGAGCUUCUUGCGCCAGAACCUCGAGACCAGGCUCGUCACCUUGUACAUGGCUAAGCAGUCGUACUACGAUGCCUUGACGCUCAUCAACGGCCUCCUCCGGGAGCUCAAGCGUCUCGACGACAAGUUGGUUCUGGUAGAGGUCCAGCUGCUGGAGUCUAGGGUAUACCACGCUCUCGGAAACAACUCAAAAGCCCGCGCCGCUCUCACCAGCGCAAGAACGAGCGCUGCUUCCGUGUAUACUCCCCCUCUACUGCAGGCGAACCUCGACAUGCAGUCGGGCAUGCUGCACACCAUGGACCAGGACUUCAACACCGCCUACUCGUACUUCAUCGAGGCCCUCGACGGCUACCACACCCAGGAUGAGCCCGCCAAGGCCACCGCGGCGCUACAGUACAUGCUGCUGUGCAAGAUUAUGCUGAACCUCGUCGACGACGUGAACAACCUGAUGGCGUCGAAGCAGGCGCAGAAGUACGCGGGCCAGAACCUCGAGGCGAUGAAGGCGAUUGCGCGCGCGCACUCGAACCGUUCGCUCGAGGAGUACGAGCGCGCCCUCGCGACGUACCGGUACGAGCUCGGCAGCGACCCCUUCAUCCGCAACCACCUGCGGCGGCUGUACGACGCGAUGCUGGAGCAGAACCUGAUCAAGGUGAUUGAGCCGUUCAGCCGGGUCGAGAUCGACCACAUCGCGCGCAUGGUCGGUCUCGACAAGCAGCAGGUCGAGCGCAAGCUCUCGCAGAUGAUCCUCGAUAAGGUCAUCAUCGGCGUCCUCGACCAGGGCGCCGGGUGCCUCAUCAUCUUUGACGAGACCGAGCGCGACGAAUCGUACGACGCCGCCCUCCAGACCAUCGAGAAGCUGAGCAACGUCGUCGACGUCCUCUACACGAACCAGGCUUCGAUGCUAGAAUAGAAGCAACGGGAGAAGUGGGGUUCUGGAACGGGCCGGGCGGUGUGGCGACGUCGUCUGCCUACGGGGGUUUGCACCGCUAUGGCUACGAUUACUACUGCCGCUGCUACCUACCACUGGUAUCACACGCGUGCGCAGGGGCCGGACAGAAGAAAUCCGGGGGCGGCGAUGGGGAGAAGGAGGAAGCGGGAAACGCACGUAGACACAGGUACGGAAAAGGGAAGGGGCCGGGAGCGGAACAUCCUACUGCGACCGACUGUUGUAAUAUUACUGCUGCUAGGUAGCGGAACGCGGGCCGAGAAACAAAAAAGAAACACCCUCCCGAUGGCAAUGGAGAAAUGAAAAGAGGGAGAGAUCGAUCAGAGGGGUCUUGUCAGGUCCGUUCCGAGAGCGUGCUGCGUGUGUGCCGGCGUAUGCAUGUUAGCGUCCCCUCCUUCUCCAGCCUGCAUACCUCCAUCUAUACCUCGACCACCCCCUCUCUCUGUCUGACUUCCGUAGCCUAUAACGCCCGAGACGGUCAACUCGCGGGAGCUAAUUCGCGUAUUCCAUCCUCGAGACGUAGCGAUGGUGUGUGUAGUCUUGUAUAUACAUAUACGCGGUGUGUGUGUGUCCAUAGCUAAGUGGUCAGCCGAGCGCAGGAAACCAAGGGCCUCCUCCUAGCUAGUUCUGUGCCCUCCCCGCCCGGGUGGCCGGCCUGCUGGCG